AUUAAAUCAAUAAAGAGUUAACAUAAAUGUCUGAGAAAACCAUCAAACUCCCAUUACUUAACCUGAGGAAGAAGAAAGGCCUCUUCUUGAAGGGUCUGAGCAGUGUAAAGACAGCUAAUAGCUCCCAUGCUCGUAAUUCUCAGUGUAGAAACCUCAGCGGGAUGAGAUCUAUCACUGCGAAUGUCUCUAAUAGGAGCCAGAAGGAGAAGACUCCUCUUUUUGGCAGAAAAGGUCCAAAAUUAGAUAGGAAAUUUGAAAAACUUCUCAAGCUGAACCACAGAUCAGCUCUCAGAAACCUUGAGUGCAAGCUGAGGACUUAUGAUGAGUUCACUGUCAGUGGCUGAAACUUAAAGAAAAGGGAAAAAGGAUUUGUUGACCUCAGCUGAACAGCUAAUGCAGAUAUUUAUCAGGCUGGAGAAAGGAGAAAGAGUGUCAUGAGACCAAGCAAAUCAUACCUUACACUCCCAAAUCAGGCUACAUCAGAGCCCACUUCCUCACCUUACAACCCAGAAUCUGAGUUCUUUCCUACUUGCAAGCCUAAGGUCAAGCGUAAGAGGGGUUCCAAGAGACGUAAAAUGACCACCUCGCUUCUCAGAACCUGCGAGAGCCAUUUUCUAGAGGUCCCAAUUCAGAGUGAAUUCCAGCUGAAUUCUUACUCUCAUCCUAGCAUCUUUGACAAGGACAGAGAGUAUUGCUAAAAUAUUU